AUGCUAAGGAUGCUCAAUGUACAACCCGAUCUUGAGGAGCAUAAUGAUCAAAGGUGCAACAUCUUCCAUAUGAAUUGCAAGGUACGAAAUAAAAUUUGUUUAGUGAUCAUUGAUGGGGGUAGUUGUGCUAAUGUGGUAAGUGAACAAUUGGUGGCCAAGUUGGGGUUGAAGGUCAACAAACAUCCCAAUCCUUACAAGCUUCAAUGGCUAGGGGAGUCCGUGGAGCUAAAGGUGAAGGCUCAAUGCUUAUUUCCCUUGAAGAAUGACGUCUUUGAGAAUGAGGUGAUGUGUGAUAUUAUUCCAAUGACGGCUUGUCAUGUGUUGUUGGGAAGGCCUUGCGAGUUUGAUAGAAGGGUGUACAAGAAUGGUUUCACUAAUGAAUAUUUCUACAUGGUGAAUGGCUUGAAGGUUAGGUUGAAGCCCCUUUUGCCUAGGGAUGUUUUUGAGGCACACCAAUAUCUACAAAGGGAAAGGGAAAGGGAUAGAGAGAAAAUGCUAGUGAGAGAGGAUGAGCUAAAAAACCCAAGCGAGAGUGGGGGUGGUGAGAGCAAAAAUAAAGUAUCGAAACGAGAAAAACCACAAGCAAGGGAGGGAAAAGGUUUCUUGUUAACUAGGUCUUCCGACCUUGGGUGGGCACUAAAAAGUCGUUCAACCAUUCUCCUCAUGGUCCGGAAUGAUUUAUGUUUAAAUGCUAACACUAACCCUUGUCCUUUGGUGAUUGAAAGUGUUUUGCAUGGUUUUAAGGAUGUCUUUCCGGAUGAGCUUCCUAACGAGCUCCCACCCAUGAGAGGGAUUGAGCACCAAAUUGAUUUCGUUUCGGUGUCCUCUCUUCCCAACCGGGAAACAUACAAGGCAAACCCAAAGGAACUCAAGAGCUUCAAAGGCAAGUCGAGGGACUCGUUACCAAAGGUUUGA